AAAGCUGACCCUGAGAGAAACUCUUCUUCACUGCAACGCUUUUGAAACAAAAGUUCGUCACUUGGAUCUGAAUUACAAUACUUCGGCGAGAAUCUGAAUAAUCGAAGGUUCAAGAUGGGUUGGAUCGGAGAAACUGUAGAUUCUAUCAAAUCUAUUCAGAUCCGUCAACUUUUCACUCAAGCGAUCAGUCUUGGGAUGAUUGUUACGUCUGCUUUGAUCAUAUGGAAAGCUUUGAUGUGUGUCACUGGAAGUGAAUCUCCGGUGGUGGUUGUUCUUUCUGGAAGCAUGGAACCUGGUUUUAAGAGGGGGGAUAUAUUGUUCUUGCACAUGAGUAAGGACCCUAUUCGAGCAGGCGAAAUUGUUGUUUUUAAUGUUGAUGGUCGUGAUAUUCCCAUCGUCCAUCGUGUCAUUAAGGUUCACGAAAGGGAAAAUACAGGAGAAGUUGAUGUUUUAACAAAAGGUGACAAUAACUAUGGAGAUGACAGACUUCUGUAUGCUGAAGGACAGCUUUGGCUUCAUCGACAUCAUAUAAUGGGUCGUGCUGUCGGGUUCUUGCCUUAUGUUGGAUGGGUGACUAUUAUCAUGACAGAAAAGCCUAUCAUCAAGUAUAUUCUCAUAGGUGCAUUGGGUUUACUCGUUAUAACCUCCAAGGAUUGAGUCUUUUGGAAAGGCUGCAAACCCUUGGUUUACUAUUAAACUCUUGUUAUUUCA